AUGUUAUCAGGCGCUUCCGUGUUUAGUCAAUUGGAUCUUGUAAGUGGUUACCACCAAGUCGAAGUGGAACCCAAGGAUCAGUAUAAGACUGCAUUUGUAACGCAUGAAGGGCAGUAUAUUUGGAAAGUUAUGCCAUUUGGGUUAACUAAUGCACCUUCAACGUUUCAAAGGCUAAUGAAUGAAACCUUAAAAGGUUAUAUUGGAAAGUUCGUGAUCGUUUAUUUGGAUGAUAUUUUGAUAUUCUCUAAAGAUCAAAAAGAACAUACCAUGCAUUUAGGAUUAGUGCUGAAUCGUCUUCAAAAAGCUCAAUUGUACGCAAAGAAAAGUAAGUGUCAUUUCUAUUUGGAUAAAGUACACUUCUUAGGUCAUACAAUUGAUAAAGAUGGAAUUCGUGUGGACGAUAAGAAAGUGAAAGCUAUGGUAGACUGGCCUAAACCCCAGAAACCCAAGGAUGCUGCUAGUUUCUUAGGUCUCGCAGGAUUUUAUAGAAAAUUCGUUGAAGACUUUUCGGGCGUUGCCAAUCCGCUAUAUGAAUAUAGUAACAAGAAAAGAUCGUGGGAUGACGAUUGUGAUCGUGCAUUUCAGACCUUGAAAAGUAAAUUGACUUCGGCUCCAGUAUUGUUGCCGUUUGAUGAAUCUAAAGGUAUUGUAGUAACUACAGAUGCCUCGGAUUACGCAGUGGGUGCUACCUUGGAACUGGUAAAUGAUCAGGGAAAUGUAGAAGGUGUUGUUGCAUAUAUGAGUGCUAAGUUACAUGGUGCGCAAUUGAAUUGGCCUGUUCGUGAAAAAGAAGGGUAUGCAAUUCGAUUGGCUUUAGAACAUUGGUCACAUUAUUUGAAAGGAAAACAUUUUGUUCUACACACAGAUCAUGAAUCUUUGAAGUUCUUACAUUCUAAGAAAGAUACUUCUCCGAAGAUUGCCAGAUGGUUAGACACAUUUGCUGAGUAUGAUUUUGAGAUCGUUUAUAUUCCUGGUGAACAUAAUAGAGCUGAUGGAUUGUCCAGAAGGCCAGAUCUCAAGAAUACUACUUGUUCCGACACAGUGGAAAUGUCAAAGACAAUUGAUGCCAAGCUGUGGACGUUACAAACUUCGAAUGUAAUAACAACGUUUAAUGCUAUUACUCCAGAGUUGCUGGAUACCAUUAAACAAGGUUAUGCAACAGACAAUGAUUUUAAAAUAAUCUAUGAGGUAUUAUCGAAGAAAAUCGAAACACCACCAGAAUUCAGGACAAUUAUAAAAAGGUAUGAAAUCAAAGAUGGUUUGUUGUAUUAUGGGUUCACUUCGAGAACUAAAAAUAAACUGUGCAUUCCUGAUAAUGAGAUUCGCGGGCAAAUAUUGAAAUUAGCUCAUGAUUCGCCAGCCUCUGCUCAUUGUGAUGCAUUAAGAACAUUUUUGAAUAUAUCUCCUUUCUAUCAUUGGCCUCGAAUGCAGAAAACUAUUAUUAACUAUGUGAAAACUUGUGAGUUAUGUCAAAAGUCGAAAAGCAAAACUGGACGACCUUUUGGUACAUAUCACCCGCUGGAAGUUUCUGAUGAUCGUUGGAGAGAUAUCAAUAUUGAUUUUCUGUCAGGAAUGGAACCUGAUAUUACAUCGGGUAAUGAUUCGAUCAUGGUAGUUAUUGAUAGGUUGAGUAAAAUGUCACAUAUGAUUGGGUUGAAGAAAACAACGACUACGGAAGAACUUUGUAAUAUUUUCAUGCGUGAAAUUUUUAGAUUACAUGGUGCUCCGCGUAGCAUUGUUUCCGAUCGAGACAAAUUAUUUACCUCUGCUGUCUGGGAUAGAUUUGCUCAACGAUUGGGCAUACACUUGAAUUUUACGACGAGUAAUAAUCCACAAGGUGAUGGCCAAGUUGAAAGGUUAAAUAGGACAAUCUCAGAAAGAAUGAGGACGUUGUGUGAACAGUAUCCCCAGAGUUGGAAUGAAUUAUUACCUAUGUUAGAGUUUGGGUAUAACAACUCGUACCAGUCCACAAUUAGGGCAACUCCAUUCUUAGCUGCGUAUGCUUUUCAUCCGAGAUUUGUUGGACUAUUAAAUCCUAUACAGCCGUCUGUGAGAGAUCCGUUGGGUCACGAACAAGAAACAGGUAGAAGUUUCAAGGCUCAAUUGGAUAGGAUAUUACAGCGUUCGGAGGCUAUUCGAGAGGAUAUAAUCCGCUCCAUAGCAGCCGAACAGGAACGUAUUUCAAUUGAAAGAAAUAAGAAAAUGAUUCCAGCACAUUUCAAAGUCGGUGAUAAAGUUCUGAUACAUAACAGUGCGUAUAUGAAACCAACCAAGGGUCAGAAAUUCCAAUUUCUGUGGUAUGGGCCGUUUGAAAUUGUGGAACAGGUUUCUACUAGUAGUUAUAGAAUUGCUAUUAGAAAAGGGAAGACUAAACAUGACGUAUUUCCAGCGAAAAGUCUCAAACCCUUUAAUGAAAGACAGAAUGAUUAUGGUCGCGUGCCGCCUGUCAACGAUGAAGACAUCCGGGCCCGGAUCAAUGAAAUCUGUGGGUUUGGAGAUAUGCAGCAACGAGGUAAUGAGACCUUGGUGGAAGCUAAGUGGAAGGACUGUGAAGAUUGGGACUCAACCAUUAUUCCGUUGGAAUGGGUUAAGGAGAAGGUUCCAGAAGACUAUCUGUUGUAUUUGAAACAACAUAGGAAUCGCCGCCAAUCUUUACAAUCUGCUGCGAUUCAGGAAAGAAGAGAAAUGUUGAUGUCUAGACCAAACGGUAGAAAUAGGACAGGAAGACCAAGGGUGAAUGCCAAGAAAAUCGGUAAACGUCGUGGUAACAACAGAUUUUGA